AUGUCUCCUAAGAAGAAUUUCGAGAUAGCAAUUGUUGGUGGCGGUAUAUCCGGGUUGGCGCUUGCGAUUGCUCUUCAUCAUAGGGGAAUUCCUAUUACCAUAUACGAGCAAGCGCCUCACUUUGCAGAGAUUGGAGCUGGAGUUGCCUUCACUGGAAAUGCAGUUCAGGCAAUGAAAAUUUGCCAUGAGGGUGUCCACGAUGCUUUCCACAAGGUCCGCACGGGCAACAUGUGGAAGGAGAAAGCAAAUGUCUGGUUCGAUUACCACGAUGGUUAUCACAGCAGGGAAAACACUCAUGCAUUUACCAUCCUCAACGAACUUGGCCAAGCGGGCGUUCAUCGUGCACACUACCUGGAUGAACUCGUCAAGCUGCUGCCCAAGGAACACGCACAGUUUGGCAAGCGUUUGAAGUCACUUACCAAAGGUAAUGAUGGUAGGUGGAAUCUGCAGUUCCAGGACGGAUCGUCUAGUAGUGCAGAUGCGGUUAUAGGUUGUGAUGGCAUCAAGUCUACGGUGAGGCAGAUGAUGUAUGGGCGAGAUCACCCAUGUGCAUUUCCAACGUACACGUACAAGUAUGCGUACCGGGCACUCGCAACAAUGGAGGAUGCUAUCAAGGCUGUUGGAGAAGAGAAGGCACAGAAUGCAUGCAUGCAUAUGGGACCUGGCGGGCACAUGUUGACAUUCCCCGUCAAUCACGGCAAGACGUUGAACAUUGUAGCUUUCACCRCUACGAAGAACGACUGGCCGGAUCAUGAGAGGCUUACCAUGCCCGCAAAGCGAGAAGAUGCACUGAGGGACUUCGAAGGCUACGGCGAUGAUGUCACAAAGCUGCUCCAGCUAUGUCAACCGGAGCUCGACAUUUGGGCCAUCUUCCAUUUAGGAGACAAUCCUGUUCCCAAUUUCGCGAAAGGAAGCUUAUGCCUAAUUGGAGACGCGGCCCACGCAACAUCUCCCCAUCACGGGGCUGGAGCGGGUCUCUGUAUUGAAGACAGUGCUAUCCUCGCCGAGCUACUGGCAGAUGAGCGUGUCCGCAGCACGCAGGAUGUCGAAUCUGUAUUUGCUACCUUUGACGAGGUUCGACGAGAGAGAGGUCACUGGCUGGUCCAAAGCAGCCGACGCAUGGGCGACUGCUACGAAUGGCUAGGGGAGGGAGUUGGCGAAGAUUUCUCCAAAAUCGAGGAGGAGAUCAAUAGGCGGAACGGCAUUAUUGCUAAUGUCGACGUCACAGAAUUGUGCCUAGAUGCGAGAAAACAUUUGUCGCAGGCCUUGGGGUCGGCAGGGAAGCUGUGA